AUGAAUGCAAAUUCGAAUAUGAAUUUAGAAACGUCGAAAACUCCUAGUCAAGAUGGACAAGGUCGAUGGUAUGAAUUAUUAUCACCAACACAAGUGCUGACAGGACAACAACAACAACAAGAAGCACAUAUGGGUGAACAACCUAUAAAAAAGAAAAAAUGCCGUGGUGAUCGAAAAGCACAACGUCGACGUCGACGACUUCGACAAAAAGGUGUAUAUUCUGAAACAAUAACACGAAAUGGUGAUCAAGAACUUAAUGUUCAACAAUUGGAACAACAUGAUCAAAUAAUCGAAGAAGAUUUACCAGACAAAAUGCAAGUGAAUGAACCAUCUGAUCAAAUUCCGCCUACAUCACAAAAUAAAAUUCAUCACAAUGAUAGCAAAAUGAAAAAAUCCACAAAACGUAAAAGAAGAGAUAGAUCAUCACAACCACCAUCGACUACAAUUCAUGAAUCUAUAAGUCAAUUAACUAUUUCUCCACCAUCACCAAAAAAACAAAAAAUGACAAAUAAUGAAAUGAAACAAGCAACUACAAAUGGAACAUCAAAAAAGAAAUCUAAUAAAGAAGAUAAUGUUAAUAAUAACUCUUCUUAUGUACCUGAUUAUUUAAAAGUAUCGAAUCGUAUUUUUAAACAAAUGUUAAUUAGUUCAUUAGACAAUGCUAAAGAUAUUGUUAAAAGAUUAAACUCAAAAGAAAAAAUUAAUUAUAUUCGUCAAUAUACUUGCUUAAUACAUCGUCUAUUUUAUGUACAAUUACAAGAAAGUCAAUGGAAAUAUUAUUAUGAUAUUGGAAUGCAAGAAAAUAUUUGGUCAGGACGUGUAUCCAAGAAAUGGGCUGCCAUGAAUAGUAUGAAUUAUACUUAUGGUCGAUCAAAAACAUUAAUUUUACAACGCCUUAAAACUAUCCAACGACAACUUCAACAAGCAUCACAAGCAUUACAAAAUUUUGGUAAUCAACCAUUACCUGCAUGUAUAUCAGAUAUGAAUCCUCCAUUAGAUUUUACAAAACUGAACGGAAUUGUUACAGCUGUUGUGCGCAAAGGUCAACAUAAAUUAACACAACAAUUUGAACAUAAUAAAAAAAUGUUAAUGCUUGACUCAACAGAUCAUCGUCUAGUACAAGAAGUUUAUGAUUUGAAACCAAGUCAACAACAAAUUCGUUGUAUUCGUAAUAUUUGGAAAGCAAUUGAAAAUAAAAAACAAAUGGAAGAACAAAUUCAAAUAUUAAAGCAUCGUAUUCAUUCUAAUUGUUUACCACCUGCAUUCAAUUUACUUGAUUAUUCGCUUGAUAGAAUUGAUAAAAUACUUAGUCGAUCCAAACAAGAUUAUAUGCAGAAUAAUGAUAGCAAACAACAAACAAUAUUAAAUGCACGUCGUUUAAAAAAAGUUGGUCGAUUUAAAUAUGAUAUGCUUGAAUUAAGUAUAGCUGCUGGCGAAGAAAAAAUUCGAUAUUAUGAUAAACUAGUGAAAAAAGAAAAAACAAAAUUAAUUAAUGUCACUAAUAAGUUAAAGAAUGAUAAUUCAACUUCUGAUAUUUUUAAACAAUUAAUGGUAUCUAUGGAAGCACGUGAAAAACAUAUGAUAGAACGUGCUGAUUAUAUUUCACAACAACGAUUAAAAUCUUUUUUCGACGAAGCUCCGGCACCACAACAAGAUAUAAUGAACAACGAUGGUGUCGGAGCAAAUCAACAUUAA